AUGGCUCUUGACACGCUGCCGACCGAGUUGCUUAUGAUCAUCAUCAGCCAUUACCCGCGCCUUCCAAUCAACAUCGGAGGGUGUUUGCCGACACAAGCUCAAGAAUACCUAGUCCGUCACAGGACCAUAUACGCGCUCUCGCAGACGUCGAGCCGACUGCGUAGCGUGUUUCUGCCACUUGUAUGGCAAAGUGUCGAGGUCUUCUGCCCGAUGGUCCGUGUGGAGGAUGGGAAAAUGGAGGGGGCGCGAUGGAAGAAGGAGAUGGCCACGGAGCUCGUGCGCCAGCUUGAGACAGUGACCAUCCGCGACCCGACGCUGGCGGAAUAUGUCCAGUCUGUGACCGUAUACCUCACCGAAUACUCAUGGAAAGGUGUCUUCCCCGAGUUCUGCCGCGCCCUUGCUGCGAUGCCAAAGCUCAAGACCUUGCACAUCAUCGAUGUCAUCGACACCGAUUCGAAGGACGAGUCCGAGCGCUUAGUUGAAAUCUUCAAGAAGAAUCCGCCGCUAUCAUCUGUGUGCUAUCUGUCCAUUCCCGACAAAAUAUCCGGCAUCAUAACCCGUAUGCCCAACGUGCUGCACCUCUACCUGUCGUCGUCAGAAUAUCGUCGUAUAUCUGACCACGUUUUCGCGCACAUGCGCCAUGCUCCGAGACUCAGAUUCACGGCCUACCAGUUCGAGAUCUCUGAGAAGGGUGGAUGGCCUGAUAUUGUCAAAUUCUGGCCGCAUCUUGAGCAUGUGUAUGUCAUCCUCAGAUGCAAAUACGAGUACUAUUCAGCGCCAAUUCCAGACGACAAUGUCAUACGGCAAAACCUCAUCACGAUUGUAUCUAACCUUCCACGACUCAGUUCCAUUCAUAUUCGCAGUUCGCGCGAGUCUGUUGCACACUAUAGCACGGAGGAGUUCCAGCAAGAUUGCGAGAGACUGGUAAUACCUACGCUGGCCUCUGCUCUGCAGAAAUGCAUGGUUCAGCAGAAGAGGGAGAGUGGGGGAGUCUCGUCGAAGGAGCCUCUUUCUCCACGGCGCUUGCACAUUACUUACGCCCCUUAUCGUGGCGCCAGCAAGAGAGGCCUUCUCGUUCAGAGCGUGAAGGCUGCUGAGUAG